UUCCGUGUUUCUUCUUGUGGAAAGUGUCUCAUUUCAAUCACAGCUAACAGACAGAGAUUAAUUGGCCCUAAAAAAGAAUUACAGAGAUAAAGAGACAACAAUCGUAUUUGUCCCUUUCAUAUUCUCGUCGGUUCGGCAUCGAUUUUUCCUUUGCGGAAGACGUUGUAGGAUAAUCUCCUUUCUGAAUUGCUAUGCAGAGUCAGCUUGUGUGUAGUGGGUGCAGGAGCGUUUUGCUUUACCCUAGGGGAGCCACUAAUGUUUGUUGUGCAUUGUGCAACACAAUUACCUCUGUUCCUUCACCUGGGAUGGAAAUGUCUCAACUUUAUUGUGGAGGAUGUAGGACAUUGCUGAUGUACACACGUGGAGCUACAAGUGUUAGAUGCUCUUGCUGUCAUACGGUGAACCUUGCACCAGCAUCUAGCCACUUUGCCCAUAUACACUGUGGGAACUGUCGGACAACUUUAAUGUAUCCAUAUGGAGCUCCAUCAGUCAAAUGCGCAAUUUGCCAGUAUAUCACAGAUACCAGUAGGACCAAUGGAAGAGUUCCCAAUACUGUCCACAGACCACAUGGAACAACCAACUCUGGAACAGUACCUUCUACUUCAACAUCAAUGCUCCCUUCUCAAGGCCAAACUGUUGUGGUCGAAAAUCCUAUGUCUGUUGAUGCAAGUGGGAAAUUGGUAAGCAAUGUUGUUGUUGGCGUAACAACAGACAGGAAGUAAUGUCCAAUUGUCCAUCCCAUUAUUAUGUGGUAUUAAACGGUCAAGUGGGAACGGCAAGGAAUCCUCCAUGUGUGUGAUUAUGGGAUUCCUCUUUUAACCAGAUCAGUUGGUUCAUUCAGAUUAUUUCUUGACUUCUGGGGUUUGUGAUGACUUGAUCAGCUUGUGGUUUUUCUUGAUGAUUUUUUGGUUUGUACAAGUUUGGUCGUGUAUUGUUUGUACGGAUGUGUUUAUGGUGACUAUACAGCCUAGCAUUGCGUGGUAGACUUUUCUCCAAUAUAGUGAAAUCUUCGGGAUAAAGCCCAGGUUUAUUUAGCCAGAGGAAAUACUCAGCGUGUAGCCGCCAGGCAUUAGCAUCUUUACACCACUAGACUACAAAGUCAUUAGUUGAAAAUAGUGUUUAGCUAUGUACUAAUAUAUUAUCUUGUUGAGCGCAUGUGCCCAAGUUUAGAUUCCUGAAAAUGGUUGAUGUUACGAUUUAAGCUAGUAUUCAGUAAACCCAACAAAAUCUGAUUUGAAGGUGACUUCUCGAGUUCACUGGGGCAAGGCUGAUGGGCAUAUAGUAAGAAAAAUGUAUAGCUUUUCGUGGCCUUCUCUGCCAUUGUUUACUCGUUAACAGUUUUAAUUGAAAAUGCCAUUUCAGAUCAAUGUUUAUGGACA